AUGCGAUUGGAACAACAACCAGAAAAUUUGGAAUUUUCUAACUUCUUACUAGAGAUCGGGACGAACCCUAAAGAAGUUGUUAACCUACCAUCGACAAUGAACAAAUGUCAAAACAUGCAUGAGAUGAUAUCUUCAGUGUACCCGCUCCUGGGAAAGGAUGGACCAAUGUCAACAGAACAUUUAACCGAGAGAAUUAUUUUAUCUCCACGUAAUGAAGAUGUCCAUGAGAUUAAUCUGGAGGCAUUAGGAAAUUUGCAGGGUGAGGCUUAUACAUAUCUUGCUGCUGACAAGAUGAUUCGGGAUGACCACGGAAGGGAUUCAAGGUUCACAACCGAAUUUCUCAACAAUUUGAAUCCACCAGGAUCACCUCCAUUUAAGCUAGACAUUAAAGUUGGAUGUCCGGUUAUGUUAUUGAGAAAUCUUGCACCAAAAAAAGGUAUGUGUAAUGGUACUAGACUGGUGGUCACGAGGUGUGGACGAUAUGUGAUUGAAGCUAAAAUCAUAAUAGGGAAAAAGGCUGGUGAGAUAGUAUUCAUCCCAAGAAUAACUUUUCAACCUUCACCUUCGGAGCUAGACAUACAAAUGGAAAGACUCCAAUUUCCCAUACGUGUUGCAUAUGAAAUGACGAUUAACAAAUCACAGGGACAAUCGAUGAAGUAUGUGGGCAUCGAUUUACGCACUCCAGUAUUUAGCCAUGGUCAACUUUAUGUGGCAUUGUCUAGGUGUACUGCUGCUAGGAGAAUAACUUUAUUGAUGUCAAAUGAGUCGAAUGAGUGUUUUAAUCUGGAAACCAAAAAUGUAGUUUAUCCCGAAAUUUUAUUGUAA